AUGGCGGCCGUUGUGAAGCAACUUCUGGCUUCACAAAACUUUUUGAAGCAGGUUCGACACCUGCAGAACUUCGAGCAGCUACAGCAGAAGCAGCACGUGGUCCUGAAGUCUUUACUGGCGAAGACAGCCACCCUGUCGGCGGACGAGGCGUGCCGCAUCUACGAUGCACAAGACCGGAACGUGUGGACGGAUGCACAAGUGCAGGAGGUGCAGGCAGCGGUCGCGGCGAUCCCCUCCAGCGAGGCGUGCAUGAAGAAGGGGCAGCUGCAGGACUUUGCGGCAUUUGUGCCGUUCUUGAAGAGGAGCCAGUGGCAGGAGCUAGAGGGAUGUCGCAUGCAAGACCAGGUGAGCGUGAAAGUGUUGAGGUACUUAGCUGAGCUUGGCCUGCGACAUCCGACGGAGCCUACUCUGGGCAAUGUGCUGAUCUUCAGCAUCCUGAUGCUGGAGAUGCCGCUGCCGGAUGCCGAGACGUUCCAGACGGAAUUUGAAAGUUUCAAGCCGGCAGCUCGGCGCUUGCUUACUGCUCACGGCAACCCGCUGUUUCACUUGCAGAUGCUGCCCGAGACUGCGGCUGCGUUGCCGGUUCAAGUGGCCCAGGCUGUGUAUGUCAGGGAGGGCCCGGCGAGAGGUAAGGUGAGCAUGGAGCAGCUCGGUUUCGCUGCUUCCAAGUUACCGCUUCGGAAGAGCAGUGCACAGCUGAAGAAGCAGCCGGAAAACGCAGGGCAGCUCCUGGGCGCCCUCGUGCAAGGACUGUCGAGUAGCUUGAGUAGCGGGUCGGGGCGGCCACCGGCUUUGCCUGUUGCACAACCGCCCAGAGCGAAGCAGCCGCUGGCAAUCCUGGACCGUGAGCCCCUGGCAAUCCUGGAUCGCGACAGCGAGGCCCCGCCGGCCGUGGAAGCGAAGGUUGCGGAGGAGAAGACCAACGAAGCCCAGGCUUUGGAGGAGCCGGCGGCCGUGGAAACGGCGGAAAGUCACUUCGAGCGGCUUCAGAAAGCUCUGUAUGGCGACGAGCCCCAAGCUUCGCGAGGGAAGAAGCGAAAGGCUGAGGCAGAGCCGAUGAAGAGACCUGCCGCAGCGAAGCAGCUCCAGAAAGCUCUGCGAGACGACGAGCCAGAAGCUUCGGGAGGGAAGAAUCCAGAAGCUGAGGAGGAGCCAGAGCCAAUGAAGAGACCUGCCGCAGCGAAGCAGCUCCAGAAAGCUUUGCAAGGCGACGAGCCAGCAGCUUCGGGAGGGAAGAAUCCAGAAGCCGAGGAGGAGCCAGAGCCGAUGAAGAGACCUGCCGCAGCGAAGCAGCUCCAGAAAGCUUUGCAAGGCGACGAGCCAGAAGCUUCGGGAGGGAAGAAUCCAGAAGCUGAGAAAGAGCCAAAGCCGAUGAAGAGACCUGCAGCGAAGCAGCCUUCGCCGGCCUUGAAAAGACCUGCUGCGGCCGCGAAGCCACCCGCCGCUCCGUCUGGCAGGGCAGCUGUGCCGGGCAUGACCUGGGAGGUGCCCAUGGGCGACGACGAGGAGAAAGAAAAGAAAAAAGAAGAGGAGGAGAAGGCGGCUAAGGCCGCCGAAGCCGAGACCUCCUCCGAGGAGGAGGAGGAGGAUACCGGGGCCCUCACAGGUGAGCCGCUGCUCGAGAACCCGCUCUCGCGGAGGCGGGAGGCGGAGCUGAAGGCUCAGCUGCACGAGCAGCUUCAGAGGGCCUCGCCAAAGAGCUCGCCGGCAGCAGCCGCCCGGGACACGACGAGGGCCUCGCAAAAGAGCUCGCCGGCAGGAGCCCCCCGGGACACGACGGACGCCUCGGAGGCUACAGCGAAGGGCAACCGGGGACGAGGGCGGCGAAACAAUGCAGCGAGGACCUACCGCUGCAAUCGCUGCCACCAGUACCUGGUGCCGACGGUGGCAGGCUACAGGUCCCAUCGUCGCAGCGCCCUGUGCUUGGCCUGGCGAAGAUGGGAACUGGGGGCGAGACCCUGGGACACUUGCGUGUCCCGGGGCCAGGCCGACUACGAGGCCUGGUGCAACGGGCACUUCCCCUUCGAGGACUCCGACUGCCCGCCGGACUUGGAGGAGGCGAUGCAGACGGCGGCCAAUGCAGCACCGGCUUCCUCCGUGGCUUCGAGUCCCAGCGGAAAGCCGCCUGCGAACCGCGGCAGCAUCUGGACGGCGCCUCCUCCGCUGCCGGCAGCCUUGCAGAAGCCGGCCUCGAAGCCGAAGCCUGCUCACGUGCAGCCGCCGCCGAGGCCCGUGCAGCAGCAGGAGAAGAAGCCGGCGGCGGCGAAGAAGCUGCGGCGAGGGAGCAGCUCCGACAGUCGCCGCCGGCGACGUAGAAAGCGAUCGAAGGCCCGGUCGCAGUCUCCGGUCAAAGACCGGGACAAGGACCCACGGGAUCCGGGCGGAGACGUUGCGAAACUUGCCCUGCAUAUGGCCGCAGCUGCUGGCUCCCUUUUUUGUGUUGGGGCCUGCCGCAGAAUGGCGGACUUCUCGCGGAGCGAGCUGUGCGAGCUGCGGAAGCGGCUCAUGGAGCCCUGCGAUGGCGAGGUGCCUCUGCCGCCGCCGGAGGAGUGGAUAGACCACGAGCUGGAGCUGGUGCGUGAGACACUGUAUUUCAUCAUGCAGUUCCGCUCGGUUGGCAAUCGGGACGUGCUCGCCAAGUGCAUCGGGGUGCUGGCGUGCCUGCGGUCGAUGUGGGAGCAGCUGUUCGACGGCUGCCGAAACAAGAACCGCAUGUGGAGCGGCUACUCUUUCGUGCCGCGAGAUCCCGAGACCGACCUGGAGUCGUGGCUGCGGCAGGUGCCAGCCUUGCAGCUGCGGGAUCGAGUGCGAGAGCUUCGCUUGUGCCUAGGCAUCCUGCCGCACUACUUCGGCCGCAGACUGGGCACGGAAUGGGACCAGAACUUCUCCACGGCGAGUCUUGAGGCCGCCAAUGUGCUGCAGAGACUGCAAGAGCAGCCUGCUUUAAAGGUAGCGGUGCAGACGGGUGCGACUGUGAGCACCGAGCGGGUCAAGCCGGAAGCACCGGCAGCCGAGACGGAGGAGCUGCAGUCGCAGCAGUCUCGUGCCGGAGCAAACCUGGAAGAGCCCACCAAAGAGGUCCAGACCUGCAAAGAGUGCAAGCAGGAGUACGCUGUCGAGGAGGACGACAAGCAGGUCUGCAAGCACUGCAGAAACCUGAAGCUGCGGCUGUGGCGCCGGCUCGGUGCCUGGUCGACCUUCAACUCCCUCAGCGACACCGAAAGGGAGCGGUUCUUUGUGAAGACGCAGGGCACGUCCUGCUGGCGGACAAUCCAGUCUCAGCUCGUCGAAACCUUGACUCGCCAGCGAGUCUCGGAGACUCGCAGCGAGACGGGCGGCUCCUACCUUCCUGCCUCGGUGCUGCUGACUCAAGGGUACACACAGGACGUGAUCGACGCCUGCAGCGACACGGAGGAGAACCCCGCCUUGGGCGGCACGACGUACUGCCUGAAGGUCCACUCCGAGUACUGUGUCGAGACGGAGAAGACCGUCCGCGAGGAGCUCUUGAACCGGGUGAAGCAGGUGUGUGCUGGCAAGCAGGUGCCCAAGGAGUGGGACAUGCAGCGGCCGGAAAAGCCGGGCAAGAACGAGAAGCCGGACCGUACGGAGGAGAAGGAAGACAAGCAGAAGGCCAAGUUCCGGAAGGUCGCUCUGGCCCUGGCCAAGUCGGCCCUGCCUCAAGUGAGUGCUGCCUGGUGCAGCCUGCAGACGGCGGUGUCGGGGGCGGGCCUGCCGGCAGACCUGGAGGAGGCAAAGAAGGGCGAGUUGCUCGGGAUGCUGCGGAAGCUCGGGGAGUGGAAGAACGCCUGUGAGCACACCCUGGCGAACAAAGAGAACUUGCAGGACCUGCCGGUGCUGCCCUUCCGCAAGGACGAGGUGAAGCCCACCUGCAAGGCUGCAGCGGAGCAGCUGAAGGACGUGAAGCUUUGCAGGGCCGCGGCCGCCAAGCUGAAGCGGGAGAGCAAGGCUGCUGAGAAGGCCAAGCAGGCCGCGGCGCCGGCAGGCGAGCCCAAGGCAAAGCGCCCCCGCACGGCCGCGAAGAGGGGUGCGUGA